AUGUAUAUCAAGACACUCACGAUACAAGGCUUCAAGUCAUAUCGAGACCAAACGCAGAUCGAGCCGUUCUCUCCAAGGCAUAAUGUUGUCGUAGGAAGGAAUGGGUCAGGAAAGAGUAACUUUUUCGCAGCGAUCAGAUUUGUUCUUUCUGAUGCGUACACGUCCAUGUCUCGUGAGGAACGGCAGUCGUUACUGCAUGAAGGGGUAUCUGUCACAACAACUUUGUCCGCAUAUGUUGAAAUUGUGUUCGAUAACUCGGACAAUCGAUUCCCAACUGGCCGCGACGAAGUGAUUCUCCGGCGCACAAUAGGUCUGAAGAAGGACGAGUAUAGUCUUGACAAGAAGAGCGCCAGCAAGGCCGAUGUCAUGAACUUACUGGAAAGCGCAGGUUUCAGCAAGAGUAACCCAUAUUACAUCGUUCCUCAGGGCCGGAUCACCGCGCUCACAAACGCAAAAGAUCAUGAACGACUCGCCUUGCUCAAAGAAGUCGCCGGCACCAAAGUAUACGAGCAGAGACGCGCCGAGUCACUGCGCAUCAUGGCUGAAACUGACGCUAAACGAACGAAGAUCAGCGAACUGCUCGAUUACAUUGACACGCGAUUGACUGAGCUCGAGGAAGAGAAGGAGGAGCUCAAAGAGUUUCAAGAGAAGGAUAAGGAACGCCGGUGUCUUGAAUAUGCUCUGUAUCAGCGUGAGCUUGAAGAAGUCGGCGAGGCACUCGAAGAAAUCGAAGAGGAGCGUCGAGGUGAAGUGCACAAUACUAACGUUCGGCGAGAAGAAUUCAACAGUAGAGAAAAACGAGCUCAGAACCUAGAGCAGUCCAUUUCGCAACUCAGAAGCACCUUGACGACGCUCCAGCUCACAAAGCAAGGCAACCAAUCGGAGCUCACAGACCUUGUCCGCUCUCGCACUGAGCUCCAGUGCACUGUCAGCGAUCUUCGUGUCGCUGCAGAGCGUGCAGGAGGGAGACAGGGAGAGUUGGAGGAAGAACUGGCCAACGUCGAAGAACAGAUACAAGGGAGCGAGGCCGAGCUGACUGAGCUUCUUCCUCAGUGGGAGACGCGUCGUGCGCGUGAAAGCGAAGAAAGACAUCGACUGGACGAGGCUCGAGCUCGGUUAGAUGCGCUGUACGCCAAACGCGGCCGCCUCAACAAAUACAGAACCCGGGCGGAGCGCGACCAAUACCUUACGCGCGAGAUUGCAUCGAUUGAGGCCUAUCGCAACUCGCAGGCCGCCGCUCUGCAAACUUUCAGGACGGAUCUUGAGAAAGCCAGAGAAUCCUUGGGGGAAGUGGACGAGCGAAUGGAGCAUGGCCGAGGAAGCGUCGAAGAUCAAAGGGAGCGAGCGCGAGAGCUGGCAGAGCAAGUUGUCAAGCUCAGGGAAGAAUAUGCAGAGCUCACCGAGAAACGCAAGAACCUCUGGAGGGAGGACACCAAACUCAACAGCAUGGUUGCCCAUGCAGCCGAUGAACUGAGGUCAGCCGAGCGGGUUCUGGCAAGCAUGAUGGACAAGGAUACUGGCAGCGGGCUUCGAGCUGUGGACAAGAUUGCGGAGAGACACAACAUGGAGGGUGUAUAUGGUCCACUAUACCGACUGUUUGAGGUGAUCGACGAGAAAUUCAAUAUUGCGGUCGAACUCACGGCCGGCAACAGCUUGUUCCACGUCGUUGUCGAUACUGAUGCUACAGCCUCAAGGAUCGUAGACACCAUGAUCAAAGAGCGAACGGGCAGGGUGACUUUCAUGCCUCUGAACCGGUUGAAACCGAAGGUCCCUCCGACGCCAAAUGCACAGGAUGCUAUUCCCCUGCUCGAGAAGCUCAGAUUUGAUCCGACCUACACCAAGGCGUUCGAACAGGUCUUCGGCAAGACCUGUGUAUGCCGUGAUCUAACUAUCGCUGCAGCAUACGUGAAGAGUCACGGUAUCAACACAAUUACACUUGAUGGCGACAAAGUCGAUCGCAAGGGCGCUCUGACUGGAGGUUACCAUGAUGUGCGUCGGUCUCGAAUCGAGGCUAUCAAGAGCGUCACGAGCUGGUCUGCCAAACACGCGACCGAGAAUCAACGACUGCAGGAGGUUCAGAAAGCCAUCAUACAGACUGAUCAAGAAAUCACGAGGGCGGCUGGUAGACUUCAGGUCUUGAGCAAUCAGCAAACCCAAACGAAGAAUACCCGCGAGUCUCUUGCCGAAGAGCUUUCGGCAUUGGAGAGGGAGAGGGAACGUCUGGUGGCGCGCAUCGCCAAGCUUGAGAGCGAUAUAGAUGAUCUUCAGUCAGAACUCAGCGGCCUCGAUGCGAGAUGGCAAGGCCUGCGCGCGGAAUUGGGCAGCCCUAUGGCUCGGGGUCUCACUGCUGAGGAAGAGGAACAGAUAGAGGCUCUCGGGAAAAAUAUCGAUGAUCGACAGAAACUGCUGCUAGAACUCGGAAAGCAGAAGAACGAGACUGGCAGUCGGAAGAACGCUAUUGAGAUCGAACUGAACGAGUCCCUUCGACGGCGAAGAGAAGAAUUGCGGGAGAAGAUUGAUGCCCUGGGCGUGGCCGAGACCGGUGAUGCCACCUCUGAGGAAGCCUUGGAAACUCGUACUCGGGAGCUACGCCACCUUGAUGCAGAAAUCAAUACUUUGACGAAGCGGUCACAAGAUACGGAAAAAGAUAUCGAGAAGCUCACGACGCAGCUACAAGAGCAACGCACUCAACUCGAUAAUCUACAAAAUCAGCAAAGCGAGGACAGCAGAGGGAUCUCUAAGCAACAGAAGAAUACAGAACGCUACCUCGCCAAGAAGCAGAUGCUGGUUAAUCGGAAAGAUGAGUGUAAUCGGAAUAUUCGUGAUCUUGGUGUCCUUCCCGAAGAGGCAUUCGAGAAAUACACCAACGAGAAGCUGGAUAGACUGGUGAAAAAGUUGCAUACCGUGAAUGAAGGCCUCAAGAAGUUUGCGCACGUGAACAAGAAAGCGUUCGAACAAUACAACAACUUCACGAAGCAGCGCGAUCAACUACUGCAGCGUCGCGAAGACUUGGACACUUCUGCUCAAUCUAUCGAAGAGCUGGUUGAAGUACUCGAUCAGCGCAAAGAUGAGGCCAUCGAGAGAACGUUCAAACAGGUCGCGAAGAACUUUGAGGAAGUAUUUGAGAAGUUGGUGCCUGCAGGAAAGGGAAGAUUGAUCAUCCAGCGCCGGAUAGAUCAGGACGAAGAGGACGUGGAAGAGGCUGAGGAUACCCAGCAGAGCACUAUUGACAACUACACCGGUGUCUCGAUUAGGGUAUCAUUCAACUCCAAGGUCGAUGAGGGCCUGAGGAUCCAGCAAUUGUCAGGCGGGCAGAAGUCAUUGGUCGCCCUUGCAACCGUAUUCGCUAUUCAGAAGUGCGACCCUGCACCAUUCUAUCUCUUUGAUGAGAUCGAUGCAAAUCUAGAUGCCCAAUAUCGGACUGCAGUUGCAGCGAUGAUCCACGACCUUUCCUCAACGGCUCAGUUCAUCACGACGACGUUCCGCCCAGAGAUGCUUGUCACUGCAGACAAGUUCUACGGCGUACUGUUCAACAAUCAAAAAGUCAGUUCCAUCACUUGCAUCAAACGCGAAGAGGCGAUGCAGUUUGUGGACCAGGAGGCUCAGGCACAAUGA